UGGAGACAAGAAAUUAAAGCAUCAUAUUGCACAGAAAAAAAUACCUUAUGUUGGAGAAGAUGGAAAAAUAGUGAAGCCAUUAAAAAAUAAUGGAAUCAAGCUCGAGAAAUUCGUUUUUGAUGUCUUUGAAUUUUCCGAUAAAUUUGCCGCUUGGGAAGUGAUAAGGGAGGCAGAGUUCUCUCCAAUGAAAAAUGCCGAAGACGCUCCCAAAGACACCCCGACCACAGCUCGCCUAUCCUUGUACGCUUUACACCACCAGUAUAUCCAAGAUGCAGGUGGUAGAUUUGCUGACGACAAGAUGGAAUCCUUUGUUUCAGUGGAUUUGAAUGGUACAGCCGAUGGUGAAAAGAAAGAUUUGCAUGCAGAAACUGUUGGAAUCUGUGAAAUUUCUCCUCUUGUUUCCUAUGAUGGAGAGGGCCUUGAAGAGCUUGUUGCUGGAAAAGUUUUCUCUGGUCCUGUGGUCAUCAGUUCUCCAAGAGAACAGUUACCUAUUUCUGACACAAAUGGCAACAGAGAUGACUGAACUACUGAGGUUCCUGGUGGUGAAAAUUGCAACUCGAAUGGACAAAGAGGUCGCUUAAUUAUCGGACAUUUCUUCGUAGCCAUUCCAGCCAAAUCUCGCGUUGCUAUGCGACGGGAGAUUUCGGAGAUAAGCAGGAUAUUGUUGCACGGAUGAAAUACUUUUGCUGUUUUAAGCAUUCGCAAAUGGCAAUUCUGCAUUUAUCCUAUUUGAAAAGGUCAUGUAUAGCAAAUCUGCACGGUAUUAAUUUUGAGCUUUGGCUCUUUUAUUCACAUAGAUUAGAAUGAACUAAGUUGUGUUGAAGGCUUUUAAUACUUUGUAGUACAAAAAGUGUUAAUGGUAUUUUUAAAAAAUACUACUAGCAUUUUAAAAGGAGAAAGAAAUCUAUAUUUUGAAAUUAUUUAAACUUCCCGGUGCAACUAUUAAUAUUUGACACACAUAUGAUCAUAAAAUUUAGUACUUUGUUCCACUUAAGUGAUAUCGGAGGAUUUAUUUGCCCCCCCCCCCCCAUCACCUAGCAAUACAUAUCUAAGAUGUAAUAUUUCCCACUUUGUUAACUUCCUAGAUACAUUAUUUUUCCUACUUUAAUAAGACUGAUAAAUAAUAUUAAAACUUUUUACCUUUUAACUGCCAAGUUGCUUUCUUUCUCCCUUAUCUGUGUGCUUGAUUGUUCAAACAAAAUAAGGAAAUAUGAGAAGUUUUUAUGAAAUACAAAUAACAAUCAAAAUAAUUGAAUUAAAAAAAAAUAUUUUUUUUAAAUAUAGUUGCACAACAGAUAUUCCUGGGAAAUACAACGAAUGUGCAUUAAGUUGCAUUAGGUACUCUCAGCAACAGCAAACAAAAAAAAAAAGUAUCAUCCUUUAAUUAAAUGUUUAAAGCAAGUUCAAAAAUCCAAAAACAGAAGUAUUUUUUCCCCUUCGAUACUGAAUAUUUUUUAUUCAAUAUGUACAUUAAAUAUUCGUCAAUGGCUGAAAAUUAAUUUUGUGCAGACUUGUACUAGGCACUAUAAUUUAAAAGUGAGCAUGAUAGCAUUUAUUGAUUUUAGUCUAAAUACGAUGGUUGGCUGUUAUACAGUUUUAGAACAAAUAUGAUUGAGAUUUACCUACCAGCCCACCCUCCCAUACCAAAAUUUUCUUAAAUUAUUCAUGCAUUUAAUUUUGUUUUUAAGGUUUGGUAAAAUACUUUUUCUAUUUUAACGCAUAUCCAUGCCGCAAAUAUAUAUUUAAAAGUCUCUUUGCUGUAAUGAGUUAUAAAAUAAUUUCAUGUUGGCUUGAAAUGAGUUGUAUUUGUAAAUUUGCAUUUAUUGUUAUGUAUACCUUUUUACACAUAAAAAUGGCAAAAAGUGCAAUCAUUCUUGUAUAUAUUCUUUUUUUUAAAAUUAAUUUAUUCAAAUGAGUAUUUUAAAACUUUAUGUAUUCAAUGACUAACUUAGAUUUUUAUUUAAAACUUAAUUUUCACCACCAAUACUUUUUUAAUUGCCGCAGCAAAAGAAAAUGUACUGACUUUUGCAAGUACUUAAGCUGAUUUUAAUUUAUUUUUGUUCAAACUUUAUUAGAAAUUUAAUCUUUGUACAGUCAGAGAUGUAUUGACAGUUGUAAGUACUUAAGUUGAUUUUAAUAUUUUAGUUUAUUUUCGUUCAAACUUUAAUUUCUUGGAACUUUAAACCUUGUACAGUCAGAGAAAUGUAUAGGAUUGAUUCUAAGAAUUUUGUUGGCUGCACUUUUUAAAAUUUGCAACAGAGACUUAUUUUUUAUAAAGAAUAUUUUUAUAUUGCAUGUAAAUUGAUUUUAGAAAUGAAACAAUGGGAUUUUUUGAAGAGAAAUUCUAUUGUAUGUAAUUUGAAGAAUAAAUAUUUUAUGAAGUUUA